AAAGCUUCAGCUUGGUUUUUUAUCAAGCAAAGGGAGAGCCUAACUGCUCAACCUCCAAAUGGCAGAGAAAGAGAAGAACAACAAAAACAAGAAGCAGAAGUAUCUACACCCCAACGACCAGACCGCCAAAGCAACAUCAGAUUUUUCUUUCAAGCCCAGCUCCGAGGUAAAGGGUCUCAGGUUCGGUGGCCAGUUCAUCGUAAAAUCAUUCACAAUCCGCCGCGCACGACCUCUCGAGCUUCUAAAGCUGCUGUCUUUUCCGCCGAUGAAUAAUAGAUCGAACAGCAAUAAGCUCCCGUUCCCUUCGACCACGGCUUUUCUUCCAACGAACUUCACCAUCCUGGCGCACCACGCUUGGCAUACUCUGACUCUUGGUCUUGGUACAAAAAAAUCGAAAGUGCUCAUCUUUGUUUUUGAAUCUGAGACGAUGAAGCAGGCCGUGGACAGAAUAUGGCCGGCCGAGAUUCCUCUAGGGGAGGUGAACAAGAAGCUCAUUAGGGGGUUAAGUGGGUGCGAGAUGGCUCGGUUCAAGUUCAGGAAGGGAUGCAUCACUUUCUACGUUUAUGCCGUCAGGCGAGUCGGAAACAUGGGUUUCUCAUGUGCUGAUGAUCUCCGGACGAUUCUGCAGUCUGUGGUCAAUCUUAAGGAUUUCUUAGAUCACACUGCUAUGCUCGCCAUGCCCAACCAGCGAAGCAUUAACUAUUCCAAUCCAGUUGCCAUGGUUCACUAGGUUUCUUUCUCCUCUUUAAUAUACCUUACUUUGGUUGUAAUUGGGAAAUACAAUAUGUUGGUUUCAAAUAGAGUACAUAUUGACUUGCCUAUUUUAUUUGCAGUGGCUCAUGUUUCUCUGAUUCUGUUCUGUUUCUAACUUCGGUGAAUAAUAUUGAACCAUUUGUUUGUUAUAGAUUUAGACUGAGUUGUAUGCAGUCUCUGUUUCAAACCUUCAGUGGUUGCUCUGUUCUAUGAUCCAUGGUGUUAUGAUGCAUGAGUAUGACUUGGAUGGUGAUGAUGGUGAUGAGUGAGAGAAAAGGAAAAUGUACCGUUUGGCAUCAUGAUGAAAGUAGGGUGAAUGGUCAGUCUCUUUGUGGACUAGCAAAAAGUGAGAGAGAAGAAAAGAAAGGUUUCUUUUCUCUACUGAUCAUCUGUUUCCAGCGGCAUUAAUCAUUGAAGGCAUGAGAAGGUCCAUGCCAUUCAACCACCCAUUUUCUUAAUGGG